GACCUGCCUUUUCGAAGACCUCAGAGCUAUUCUGUUCCAGGAAGCAGCAUAAGGAGCACCCUACAGUUGCAUUCCAGAGACUCUUUUUGAUGAAAAACUUCUUGCAUACGUUUGUUAAUAGUGAAAUGGCUUUUCCAGGUUUGGAAGAUUUUACACAUGUUGAUGUUUUAUUACUUUGAUCAACAGAGGAAUAACUGAGCCCUGGAUUUCUCCGUUUACAGUCAGCUCUUCAAGAAGCUGUACAUUUCGAUAAUCUAUGAUACAUGUAGCUCCAGAGUGUGUGCAACAGACCUUCUCAAGAUGUAUCCAAUAUCCCAACUAAUGUCAACACCAGCAGCACGUUUUUCAGUGGCUGAUAAAGAGCCCAGGCAAAGUCUGUCCCCUGAACACAUUUUGCCAAGUUACACUUAUGCCUUUCUGGAUAGUGACACCUCCUAUGAAUGUUGUUCCAUAAACCCCUUGACAGGGUCUCUUUUCACAUGUCGCCGUAGUCCUCGGCUUCUUACUAAUGGCUAUUACAUUUUGACGGAAGACAGUUUUGUGUCUGAUGAAGAUGGUAAUGUAACACUGACCCCAUCACAGACAAGUGUUACCUAUAAGGAGAAAUUAGUUAGAAUAUUCAGGAGAAGGAAGAAAAUCCGUCGCUCUCUUGCUAGUCUGUUCAGUCUCAGUGCCUCGGAUUCAUGGCUUAACAGCACUGUCCUUAGCAAUAUGGAUUCUCCUCAUGUAGAGGAGAUUUGGAAUGAUGGAGAUAAUAAACUAGAUGCCAAUCCACACUAUGGCAAUGAUGUGGUGUUCAUUCAGUCAAGAAAACAGUUCAGUGAUUCCUCUCCUUGCUCCCAGUUUAUGGUAGAUGGGUAUUUCCAUGAAGAGACUUUGGAUCAUUCAAAAUCCAAUGCAGUGAGAAAUGUCAUUUAUCAAAUGAUUAUGCUGUCCACGUGUUUAAUCAUUUCAGUGUGUGCAAGAUGCUUUCUGGGAGGACGCUUUGCCACUUUGUUGGCCUUUCUGCUGCUGAUAAUUUUAGUUUAUGCUGCCAAGUCAUCUUUUAUCAGUCUUGUCACAUCUUCCAAAACCACCAAAUUACGUGAGAGACUGGCUGUCCCAGCCCCUCUGGACUUCAUCCAGCACCACAAGAAGAAUGAGGAAGCAGAGCAGCUGAAGGAAGAAGAGAAACCCAGCCCUAAGGAGAGGAAUGGGGCUGGGAGCAGCAGCAGAAUCUGAAGGAGGCAUGUUUGGAGGGCAUGACUGAUGGUGGGACUGUGAGAGGGCUGAUUAACUCUUUGGAGGUCUCUGUGUGAGAGCAAAGCAAUGAACUGGGAGGUGGAAUUAGAGCAAUUGGCAAUGGGACUUGUGGUUCCUCUCCUAUGGUUGCGUAUGGACCUCAAAAGUAUAGGGAAUGCAUUGCAGCUCCUCUCCCAGUGGGCUAAGGGCUCCUGCAUCAUCAGCAAUAUCUAGACUGGGUAUUUGCUCCAACUACAGGCAACAGUGUAGCUGCCAGCAAGCAAUGCCACCGUUUACACAGUGGUGUUUACCUGUUUGAAACACCAGGGUCACCACCAUUGAUACAAAUAAUGUCUUUGCCUGUCUACACUAGAGCUUGCAUGUCUACACUAGAGAUUGCAUUAGUGUAGCUACACCAAUGCAUGUAAUUAGGGGUAGUAGUGUAAUCAAGGCCUGAGUCAAUUUGUCAAUUUAUGCACAUGUAUGAUCUCCUUUUUUAGUUGGUAGAUAUGUUACUCAUUAUACCAUGUAAAUGAGAAGAGAAGCAGAGCCUUAAACUAGAUUGAAAUCUUACUAAUUUUUCUUCUGCUGUGACUAGGUCAUGAACAACCAUGUACUACAAAGAAAGAAAAUAACCUUAAACCACAAAUGGCCUCUAAUGAGACUUUUCAGUUUGCUACAUACAAUUAGAAGAUUAGAGUCGUCUUCUGCCCAAACUCAUGUUGAAUAGUACCUUACUCACAUGAGUAGUUCUGUGGAGUAAAAUGAUACAAUUUGUGUGAGAAAGGUACUACUCCACAUGAGCAGAGGUGGCAGAAUCGGACUCUCUUUGUAUAUUGGUUGGCACAAAGCACUGUGAAUCCCCAUGUUAAUUCCCUUCCUUCAUGGACUAUUGAGAAAAGAAGAAGCUCUGAAUUGCCCUCAACAUGUCCACAACACUUGUACCUCUGCAUUAAAAUGAUGAUUAUCAUCUAAGCUCAUGCUUCAGGGCUUCAGCUAUACACCUGGAGGGAACAGGGAGGAAUUUUUCUCUCGGUGCACAAUUGGCCAGAUGUAUUCGGGUGCGGGUUCACCUUUCUCUGAAGCAUCAGAGAUUGGCGACAGCUGGAGAGGGGACGUUAGACAGGGCUGACCAGUAUUCUGAGGUAGUAUAAAGAAAUCUCUUUUCUUAGAUGCCUGACUGAUUGGUCUUACUCAUAUGCUUAGGGUAAAACUGGUCACUAGAUAUGGGUUUCAGAAAGAAUUUCCCCCCAUGUCAGAUUUUCAGGCAUAUCAGGGGCGUUUUCAUCUUCCUCUUAGAUGGGGUGUGGAUUGUCUGCUAGGAUCAUCUGGGGAUAUCUCACCCAAUUAAUUUUCUGCCAUUGCAGAGGCCUCAGGUAUUGCUAGCACCUCACUUUGUCCUGCUUUCUGACUGUGGCACACAACAGUUUACUCUCCUGAGAAAUGAAAUGCUUUGGUCUACCUAAAGUCACUGGGCUCAAUAUAGGAAUAUCUGGAUGAAAUUUAAUGGCCCGUGAUAUGUAGGAGGCCAGACUAGAUUGUCUAGUGGUCCCUGUUGGCUUUAAACUCUAUAAAAACUGUUGGAAUCAGGACAUACAAAAAUGUACACAUUAAUUUUGACAUUUUCUUGCAGGAAAUAAUUGAAAGACUGACUCGGUUUGCCAGCAUGUACGGACCACUUAUCUGGAGCCAUUUUUCUUUUGCCGGUGAGAAACAAUCAGAAUUUUCAGAGCUCUUUCUCCCAAUAACACAAAGUCAUUUUAUUUGGACUGUACCUGGAUCCUUUCACAGUUUUGUGUAAAGCCUGGCUUCUUAGCAGUCUUUUUCGCACCCAAUCCUGCAAGCAGAACCAUGCAGGCAGACCCUAUGCCCACAUAGAACCCCUUGAUGCCAGUGGGUCUCUGCAUAGGCAGGGGGUCACCCACGCUUUGUAACUUGCAGGAUUUGGGUCUUGGAGACUAAGAUGGUGGGGAAAAAAUGUCUAGCGAGCCGUACAAAUCCAUCUUUUGUUGAUGUUUAAACCGUUUUCAUUAAUGUUGUUGCUCUGGCCAUAGAACAUGCAUUACGGUCUUGAAAUAACUUCUUGUCAAACUGUUUAAAAUCUGGGAAUGGUUCUGGAUAGUGGUGAAUUGGACAAUAUUCUUAAAACUCUUCAGGGCCUUCAUUGUCUCAUCCCUGCCACAGCCUUUUGGCCUUUAUUUCUGCUCUGGGUUCUUUCCCAGUGAUUUUGAAGACAGAAAAAUGAGUAUUAGAAACACAAGAAAAGAGAGAGUGGAAAUUAAUUGUGCCAGAAUUGUGCUUCCUAUUAGAGAGCAGAAGUGCUACCUUCAGAAAAGUCAGGAAAUCAGAGGGUUGGACGAGCAGCUGGAGAAGCCAGAAUCAUAUGGUUAACAUAACAAAUAAAGAGUCCAUGACCUUUAUUUUUCAAGCAUUGAUCCUUAUUUUACUGAUAUUGGAUUUAAGAGACAAUGAUAAACAUUAAUCUCCGUGAGUGACCAGUGAUCACUGUUCUGUGACUACACUAUCUCAUAACUAGUUUGUUAUACCUACCAAGUAUGCCAAUUUAGCUAACACAGUGUAAAAUUUCAUCUCCCCGUGCUAUAAAAUGAUGAAAAUGUGAUUGCAUAGUAUUGUCUAAAAAAAUCUUUCUGCCAUCGCUGCUUCUGGUCUGCUUAUCCCCCAUUGUACUAAAACUGGUACCUGUGGAGCCACAAUUGCUAAAUCUGACCCAUAAUGCUGCCUGUGGAAAGGUCGACUCUGCAGGUGGGAUGUGAACAGGCUGGCAGGCAUAGUAGAAGUAUCUGUAAACUUCUGUAAAAAUUUAAUUUUUAAAAAAUUGAAGGUUCUGAUGAAGGAAAAAAGGAAAUGAUAAAUCACUGCUCAGCUAACUGUAUUUUUUAUCAUUACUCACCUUUAUGGCCAUCCUCAAACAGGAUACAUUUGUGUUUGUGAGAGAGAAUCCCUGGAGGUGUGGGGAAAUGAAGGAAAGCAUAGUUGCAGUUAUUUAAAGUGAACAUGCCAACCUUUCAAGGGGUAAAUAUCAUUUUGCUUGUAUUUUGAAUGUAAGACUCAUCACCAAAAACUCAAGGAAGGGAAACAGCCAUGUUAUCUAUUUUGAUAUUAAAAUACUGUUGCUGAGUAUGUUAAAUAUUUCCCUGAUAAAAAUAAACCAGGUGAGAAACUAAGAGUCCAGUAUUUGUAGUUUAAAUAAAGACACCAGGGUGUACUUCAGGCAGAGAAUCCUGAAGUAAAGGAAAAUUGCUUCACAUAAUAAUAAUAAUAAUAUAAUACAAUUAUAAUAGUAAAUAAAAACAUUGAGAGGCUCCACACAACUCAUAUUUUUCUUGUAGUACAGAUGAUAAGCUUGAAUAAUUAUGUGAAUAUUACAUAAUUCAGCUUCUUUAUUCACUUUGACUCUAGAGUCUACUCCAAAUUGACAGAUUACAGUGUGUUAUUUAUAUAUAUUUUGUUACUUAUGAUAUGCUAGUUAUAAUGGACCCUCUUUUAAAUGUACUUUUUAUCGCAAUGAGGAGAAUUGUCUAUUUUUAAAAUAAUUUCUAGGAAUUCCUCAUGAAAAUAGAAUCAAACUUUUUAUUGCCUUGUUGGGAUGAAACACUGGGUCACAGUUAAUCAAGGUUGAUGAAAGAGUAAAGCCAACAUUUUGUAACAGGGGAGCCUAAAUCCAUAUUUAGGCUCCUAAGUAAAAGUAAAUUGACUUUUGAAGUGCUGAGCAUCUGCAGCUUCUAUUGAUUAGGAGAAUGAGGCUCUCGGGGUAUUUUAAACAGUAUCUCUAGUGAAGUACAAACACUUGUUGGCUACGGGUUAGUGUGACAUUUGUGUACUGUGAGAUGGCUACUGUAAUCUAAAGUCUCUACCUUCAGUAACUGACCUCUUGUUCAAUUUUAAUGUAUUAAAUUAAUUAAAAUACAAAUCCAAUGAGGAAUUUUCAAGAUGCACAUGUAACAAUAAACUUAUCACCUUUUGCUAUUGUAAUCCUUGUUCACCAUGCCCUGAUCUUUUGUUUGGUUAUUCCUUGCUGUGUAAAAUCAAAUUUCAGGCCUAAUCCUGCAAACACUUGAUACCAGACAUAUUGCUUACUCUAGUGAGGAGGCUGGGUUCUCAACAGUAGUAAGCAUUAUGCCCAGAAGUGUUUGUAGGAGCCCUUAGAUUGUAAGCUCUUUGGAGCAGGGACAAAUCCAUUAUUAUCCAUCUGUGGAGCACCCUAUACCCUUGUGGAACUAUACUAACAAUAACAGUAGCCCUCAGAACUGAAGGAUGUGGUAAAAAAGAGUACCAGUACAUAAAAUAGGAAAAGACUUUGGGCCCAGCUCUUUGGGAUCUGGCCCUUCACUUGUCCUAUACCUUUAUUUUAUAAUAUGCUUAUAUAUUAGAAAUCGAGAACAAUUACUUGUGUGGAUAUUAAUAAAGAAUCUUGCUAAGAAUUGCACACAUUUGUCACCUCAGUGUGCUUGUUAUAUCUUGUUGUUUAGAUUAUAAGCUUUCUGGGGUAGGGAAUGUUAUUCAUUCUGUGUUUGGACAGCAGCUAGCACAAGAGAGCCUAAUUUGGUUGAGGCCUGUAGGAGCUACCACAAUAGAAAUGUUAAAUAGUAAUUAAAAGUCUUAUAGAGAUUUGAUGAAAAGAGAGAGAUGCAUAUCAUAAAUUGGCAUAAACCAGCACGUGGCCACCACCUAAGGUUCUGACCCAUAGUGUUUUAGCAACUGAGGAUUGCAGAGCCACAUCAAAUGCUAUAGGGCUCAAUCAUGUAGUUCUUACUCAGAUGAACAGUCUCAUAAUGGAACUCAAUAUAUAUUCAAAAUAUUUCUAAUGAAAAGUAACAUUAAUGGUAUAAAGCUUAUUUUGUCAUGCUUCAGUAAACACUUUAUGUUGCAUUGUAUCAUUUGUUUUAACAAAUAAACUUUUAAUAUAUUAAAA